AUGGGAGCCCAGCGAAGGACGCCCCGUGGUGUCCUGACUGGCAGUGGAUCUGCCUCCCACCACAAAUUCAGGAGCUUCUGCGCUGCGAGCGAUGUUUUGGGGGCUGAUCUCUUGGACCGCGACUACUGCGUCCCCGACCCGCAGCUGGUCAGGAGGAUUGUGUCCCAGGUGGAAUACUACCUCUCUGAUGAGAAUCUGGCCAAGGAUGCUUUCCUCCUGAAACACGUCCAGAAGAACAAGAUGGGUUUCGUCAGCAUCAAACUGCUGACGUCUUUCAAGAAGGUGAAAUACCUGACGCGUGACUGGCGGCUGACGCUCUACGCCCUGCAGUUCUCGGAGCUGCUGGAGGUGAACGAGGAGGGCACCAAAGUGAGGCGGCGGGUCCCCAUCCCCGAAUCCCUGCUGAGCAUCCCCCCUAGCAAACUGCUGCUGGCCUGGGAGUUGCUGCCCCCGGAGCAGGACGUGCUGCUGCCGCUCCAGAAGAAUUUCCUGGAGACCAUCACGAGGAUGUUCAGCCCCUUCGGAGCCAUUGCCUCCAUCCGCAUCCUGCGGCCGGGCCGCAAGCUGCCUUCGGAUGUGCGGAAAUACACGUCGCGCUUCCCGGAGCUGCUGAGCAAGUGCUGUGCGCUGGUGGAGUACGAGAGCCUGGAGAGCGCCCGCAGCGCCUUUGAGGACCUCGGCCGCCAGAGCCGCCUGGGUGGCGAGAGCAUCAGGGUGGUCCGGCUCUGCGGGAAGGGCUCCAAGAAGAAACCCGGGGUUGAGAGGAAGGCGGCAGAGAAGCCGGCGGACCAGCCGGGUUGGAAAACGCAGGCGGUGGCCGCGACGCUCCCCUACGGCCUCGGGGACUCCCUGCUCUGCAGCUCCCCGGAGUCAAAAGGCGCCCAGGCGUUGUCACCCCUCCUCCUGUGCAAGGACCCCUCGGCACCCUCCUGGCCCGGCAGCGACUUCAAGCCUGGCGAUUUCGGCAACACCUUCACCGGAUCGCUCCUCACCAGGAAAGUCUUCCCUCCGCUCGGGACAGGCUUGGGCACGGCCGACCGCUACGGCCUCUGCUCCAGCCCCGAGACCCCCCGCGGGCGCGGCUGGGGGAGCGGGGCGGGUGCCUGGGCGCCCUGGCCCACCAGCCCCUCUCCAGAUGCCAAACCUCUUGCCGGCAAUGUCCCGGCAGCGAAACGGGUGCCUGAGCCCCUCGACCUGCGGGAUGCGCUGCUUCGCCUGCCCCACGGCCCCGAUGGCACCAAGGGCUUUUGCAGCAGCUUUGGGAGAGGAGAGCUCGUCCUCCGGCGCUGA